AGAGAGAGAGAGAGAGAGAAUCAAAACCUUAAAAAGAAGGAGCAGUUGGGACUUCUGUGACAGGAGGGAAUGUGCGUAAGGACCCUGCAGGACUGAAGUCUAGGAGUGUCUGGAUUGUUGCCCCGUGGAUUCUAGAGUUUACUUGGAUUUCUCCCUUUCCUCCUCCUGUUCCUCCUCUCUUCCUGUGAGAGGAGGUUCCGCCGUGUCUUCCGGAAGGAUGAAGUACAGCUACAAUCUACCGGUGUCAUCGUACACGCGCCACAGCCAGUACACACCGACACAGUACACACCAACACAGUACACCCCCACAUACACACCCACACACUACACGUCAACCAAGUACACACCGACCCACUACACACCAACCAAGUACACCCCUACGAACUACGCUUCAUCUCUUUACACGCCGUCCCACAAGACCGCCUCCAGUUACACGCCGUCGUACAGCAAGCCUCCACGCUACAGCUCUGCGGCCUCGCGGGCACCGGCUCAGGCCCCGCCCCCGCCGCCAGCGCCCGUCGCCCUCAAGCCCGUCCGUGCCGUGCGUUUCCCUAAUGACAUAAUCUUCCAGGACUGCAUCCGGCGAGGAGAGCUGGAGCAGAUCGGGCGUUUCAUCAGGGCGAGGAAAAUACGCCUGGACACCGUCUUCCUGUCGGGUAUGGCAGCCAUCCAUGAGGCGGUGUUGUCAGGGAACCUGGAGUGUGUGAAGCUGCUGGUGAAGUACGGAGCAGACGUCCACCAGCGAGACGAGGACGGCUGGACGGCACUCCACAUGGCGUGCAGCGACGGCUACCCCGACAUCGCCAGGUAUCUCCUGUCUCUGGGCGCCAGCUGUGAGGCACAGAACGAGAGCGGGGAGAAGCCUUCUGACCUCAUAGACCCUGACAACAAAGACCUAGUUAAGGUUUUCCAGACAGGAUGUGUCUAACAGGAUGAUGAAUCCUGGGGGUAGGCACACAGAUGGUUGGACGGAGGAUGGAUGGAAAUAUGGACAGGUGGGUGGAUGGGUAGAAGGAUGUGAAUAGAUGGAUGGAUAGAUAGCUAUGCGGACAGACGUACUUCCUUGGUCCAGACACUGGGGGAAGUGGAUGGAGAAUGGACUGGUCAGGCUGGAGACAGGAGUGGGAAGCGUGGGUCAUGCAGGGAGCUGUGUUUCUACCCCAGCUAAAGUGCUACACAACGUCUCUACACAGUUUGCUUUUCGGAGAGGGCUUAUUUUUAUAUUCAUAUAUCGAUUUGGAUACGCUUUGUAAAGUUGCCUUUAUCUCGCUUUGCUUCAAAGAAAAGAAUGACCUGCUGUUUGGUGAUUCACGCUAUACACACACCAUAUCAACCAACACACACCAACAAGCAAACCAAGUUCCAUGCUUUGGACCGCGGGUGACGUAACCACGAUGACCUGAUGCCAGGAGGUAUUACCAUCAGAACAGCGCCAUCUCCUGUUGCGCAAGAUGGCAAAAUAAAACAAGCCACAUGCUUUCAGUGACAUGGCACAAUAAUCCUCGUGGUUCAGCUUAAUACAGAGUAGCUAACAGGAACAUCUGGAUGAUUUAACUCCCUGAUCCGUACAGCUCGGUGGAACGUCAUGUGACUGCAGAUCAAGAGGUCACGUGUACGUCGCUUUGGAUGAAGGCGUCCCCUAAAGGGCUGUAUCAAACUCUGACUCGCUAGAUGCUUCGCCGGCACUAUUGUGGAGUCUGCGCAUACUGUGCCAUCAACAGCAACCAAAACAACAUUGUUGGCGUCUGUGAUUUGGCCGUGUAGUAUCCAUGUGUUGUGUAAGCUGGGAUGAGUGUUCCCUCACUGCAGGGCAGAUGAAGAAACCCUAGCUCUUUAGGGUUUCCCAACAUACUGUGUUGAUCGCGCCAGGUGUCAACAGGAAACACCUUUCAUGCCAGGUGUGACCCUGUUGCAGUGUGUCAUCUCAGGUGGUGUUUUCAACAUAACAUGUUCUUCAAGUUCUACAAAUUGCAUGUUAUAACUAGGGUUAUAACUGUAUGUUGUAAUAUCUACAAUAUUAAUGGUAUUCUGCUCAUUUUAACUGAAUGUCGUCAAUGAAAGUCUUAUCAUUUUUUGUUUUGUUCUUGUUUUGUACAUACUAUGUUUUCAUAAAUAAAGCUGCUCUUUUUGAUAAAUAUUACAA